AGUAGCAAAAUUAUAACAAAAAAGACGUCCGAAACUUUUUCACAAGUUAAUGAAAAUUCUGCGUUGAGUUAUGCAGUAAUAAUCCGGCGACAUCGGUUUAUUAGCUUAACAACCUAGCUAGCGCUCGCGGAUAAUGCUAGGUCCAGCUCGAAAUGUUUCACGUCACUAUGAGGUUCCGAGUUGCGCCUCGAGUCUUCCACACGGCAACAGACAUGAAAAAGGCAGGAGUCUAAAUCAGAUGGCGAGUGGACAGAUGUCGAGGGCCGAGGCGUUGGAAUGCAAAGGCUUCAGGCACGCGUGCCACGUGAUGCUCUACUCUGACACAGAGUCUCAGCUGUUUGGCAAAACUCCCAUCAAGCACAUUGUGCUGAUGCAGAUGCGCUACGACGGUCUGUUGGGCUUCCCAGGCGGACUUGUUAACCCAUCAGAGGAGACUCUGGAGGCGGGGCUUACCAGGGAGCUGCUGGAGGAGGUGGGCUUGGCCGUGCCGAUAAGAGAGGAAGACCUUGUGGAAACUUGCAUCGCCCCCCCUCACCCAGGCUUUAACCCACGUCUCAUCCUCCACUUUUACGUGAAGAAGAUGGAGGAGGAGCAGAUCAGGGAGUUGGAGAAAGCAGCCACAACCACGGCAGUGGAUCACGGGCUGGAGGCGAUGGGAAUGGUCCGAGUUCCUCUCUACACCACCAAAAGUGGAGGAGGCCUUCCGAAUUUUCUCUCGCAGUCCUUCAUAGGAAACGCUCGCACACAGCUGGUCACCUCUCUGCGGCGCCUCCACCUGGUCUCCCCCGGGGAGCUACAGAGAGCUCUCCAGAACUCUCUGAGGAUGCACGCAGAGUCCGCCAGGAGCCUGAAGUCAGAUGUGGCCCUGAUGGAGGAGUAGGGGAGAACACACCUGCACCUGCAGCAGCAUAUCCUGGCCGUCCAAUCACGCACUCAUGCUUAUUCAGAGAACCUUGCAGCCCUCUGAAUGAUUUGUAUUAAAAAAAAGAUCAAAUUUGUGCAAAACAAAUUAUUUUUGCAUGGUUUUAAUAAAAGAAAAUAAAAAUUUUGGACGAUGAGGACUUAAA